CCGGUCCUGACGGGAAUGUUCCGACGGAGCCAGAAGGAGAAAACGUCCAAUUUCACUAGUUAUGUGCUUGACGACUGUGACAAGGAGGAGAAAAGCGGCACGUCUCGACCAAACAGGCUCCUGGCAGCAAACCGGGCGGUCUGAAGGGAGUAAUGAAAGGUUUGCAAUUCAAGUCGUCGCCUAAGGUGAGCAGAGAUCCGAGUCCAGGUCCCGGCUCAGAGGACGGAGCCGCAGAGAAAGAACAAACUGCAGAAAAAGAGAAGAACAAGCCGGAGAAAAACACAGAAUCCAAACAGGACAAAGGAAGUCUGCUCACUGGGAUGUUCCGCAAAACACCCAAAUUAUAUCCUUCCCUGACGCAGGUCAGUAAAACAGACAGUGAUCGUGAAGAUGAAGAAGUGGAGGAGAAAACAUCUGAACAGCCUCAGGAGAAGGGAGGCCUCUUCUCUGGAAUCUUUAAAAAACAUGACAAACCAGCAGAUGAGACUCCGGCUCAGGAGAAUCUGAGCGCUCACAGCGAGCUGUCGGCGAGCAGCGACAGUCUGUCUGAAAACCACAAGGAAAAAGGAAGAAUAUUCAGCGGGAUGUUCAAGAAAAGUCCGAAACCAGCAGAAGCAGCUCAGACCGACGAGGAGCAACGUGAGGACGCGUCGGGCAGCAGCGAUGAUCUGUCUGAAGCCUCCAAGCAGGAUAAAGGAGGAUUUUUCAGCGGGAUUCUCCGGAAGUCUCCGAAGGUUCCUGCAGAGGGAACAUCUGGGCAGGAGAAUCUGUCGGCACAGAAACAUCUUUCAGCGAGCAGCGACAGUCUGUCGGAGGCGUCCGGCACAAAGGAGAAGGGAAGUGCGUUCAGUGGAAUAUUCAAGAAGCCGUCCAAACCUGCAGAUGCAGAGAAAGACGCUGAGGCGACCGGCAGCAGUGAAGCUCCGUCUGAGAACAACACCAAGGAGAAGGGAAGUGCGUUCGGUGGAAUAUUCAAGAAGCCGUCCAAACCUGCAGACACUCCCACAGAGAAAGAGAAGGAGUCGCUGCGGACAGGCAGCAACGAGAAUCUGUCUGAGAACAGCAGCACUAAAGAGAAAGGCGGCGUCUUCAGUGGAAUGUUCAAGAAAUCUCCCAAACUGUCAGAAGGGCCUCGACUGGAGGAGGCUGCGGCGCCGCUGCACGGUGAACUCUCCGCCAGCAGCGACAGCCUGUCGGACAACAAGGAGAAAGGUGGUUUGUUCAGUGGACUCCUCAGAAAAACUCCCAAAACAACCGGAGAGGAGAAUCUGUCGGCACAGAAACAUCUUUCAGCGAGCAGCGACAGUCUGUCGGAGGCGUCCGGCACAAAGGAGAAGGGAAGUGCGUUCAGUGGAAUAUUCAAGAAGCCGUCCAAACCUGCAGACGCUCCCACAGAGAAAGACACUGAGACGACCGGCAGCAGUGAAGCUCCGUCUGAGAACAACACCAAGGAAAAAAUUGGAAUAUUUAGUGGAAUGUUCAAAAAGCCGACCAAACCUGCAGAAGCUGCUCAGUCUGAGGAGGAUCGAUCUCCUGAUGGAGAGCUCUCAGGCAGCAGUGAGAAUCUCUCUGAGAACAAGCAGGAGAAAGGAGCCGGUCUGUUCAGCGGACUCCUCAAGAAGACUCCCAAAGCCUCGGGAGAGAAGUCAGAGUCACCGGAAAGAGGAGAGAAGGAGCUGUCGAGCAGCAGCGAAGACCUGACGGAGAAGAGCUCCACCAAGGAGAAAAAUAUUUUCAGCAACAUGUUUAAGAAGCCGCAGAAACCAGCAGAGGGCGCUGCAGCAGACAAGGAGCAGGAGGGAAAAGUUGGAAAAGAGUUUUCUGGAAGCUGUGAGAAUCUGACGGACACGACCGUCCAGAAGGAGAAGAAAGGAGGCCUCGGGGGAAUAUUCAAAAGAUCGGCCAGCAUCGACAACCUGUUCGAUGAGGAGAAAGGUGGACUUUUCAGCGGCCUCCUCAAGAAAACAGCCAAAGCGCCUGGAGAGGAAGCAGAGGACAAAGACGAGCGGAAGGAGCUGACGGCGAGUAACGACAGUUUGUCCGAAAACACGAACACUAAGGAGAAAAGUAUUUUCAGUGGGAUGUUUAAGAAAACUCCAAAAGCAGCAGAGGGAGCCGCCGACGAGGAGUCAAACUCAGGCGAAGAUAAGAAAUUAUCAGCCAGCACUGAAAACCUGUUAGAAGCAAACACAGCGAAGGAGAAAAGUGGAGGACUUGCAGGGAUCUUCAAAAAAUCUCCCAAACCAGCUCCGCGCUCUGUGGCCAUCAAGGAUCCGCUCAGGGACUCGAAGGGCCUCUCCUCCAGCUGGGACAGUCUCACAGAUGCUGCCGAGGAGGAUCAGCGUGAGAUGUCUGCCAGUAACGAAAACCUGAUUGAAGCUUCAAGCAACACGAAGGAGACUAAAGGAGGAUUUGCCGGGAUAUUCAGGAGGACGCCGAAAACUCUGGAGCCACAGGAGAGCAUGGACAUGGAGGCUCCACAGGGAGGGGGGCUGAAACGCAGGAGGACGAUCAAGAAGAAAAGACGAGUUGUGUCUUUCAGAAUCAAGAAAACUCUUCCUAAAAUGCCAAAGAUUUCACAGUCGUCAGAUAAGAUGCCUAUCAUCGGGGAGAUCGUGGAGAUGCAGGAGCUGAACCCGGAACCGGAGAGCACAGUGGAGGUCCAGCCUGCGGUGAUGGCAGCGUACCCGACCGAGGGCGACCCUCCUCAGGCCGAGCAGGAGAGCGAUGAACUGAUAGAGUGGUGGAACACAGUGAAAGGUUGGGCCGAGUGGACCGAGAUUUCCAAUUUCCAGCCGGAGGAUGGAGAUAUGGCUUUGGAGCAGGCGGCCGAUCGUGUCUACAUGGCCGCUCGUCUCUUCGUGCGUCUUUUCAACAAGCGGGGGGCGUCCUUACAGCACCGCAUCCUGGAGCUCCUGGCCCUGGCCGACGCAGCCGACCAGUUCCACAAGAGAACGGUGUCGGCUGCGGUGGGCGGCGGCGUGGCCAGCGUUUGCGGCAGCGUGGCCACGAUCACAGGGCUCAUUCUGGCUCCUUUCACAUUCGGUGCCUCCAUCAUCGUCACGGCGGUGGGGAUUGGCGUGGCGACGGCGGGCAGCAUCACCUCGGCCACGGCGAACAUCACGGACGCGGUUCACUCCAACAUGGACAGAAAGAAGCUGGAGAAGAUGAUCCAGGACUACCAGGAGGAGAUCUCGGACAUCAGGGAGUGCAUGGAGUUUGUGCAGGAAGGUAUGAACACCCUGGAGGAGUGGGACUUUGAAAAAUAUUCUCAGAGUGCUGCCAAAAAGGCUCUGAACCACAACAUCAAGCAUGUGAUGAAGGAGGGCGGCCGCGCUGGGAAAGCUUUGAUGAUCAACACCGACAAACUCAUCAGCACCGUGCAGAUUCUGGGCGCGGCAGGCGGCGCCGCCAAAGCCGCCCAGGCCAUCAGCGUCACCACAGGGGUCAUGUCGGCCCUCUUCCUGGCUCUGGAUGUGUUCUUCCUCGCCAAAGACUCCCGCGAGCUCCACAAAGGCGCCAAAACCAAAUUCGCCACCAAGAUCAGGGAGGUUUGUAAAGACCUUCAGGACGGCCUCCUGGAGCUGAACAAGGUCAAGACGCAGCUGCAGAAAACCAUGGAAGGCAUCGAGUUGGAGGAGUACGAGGAGAUCGAGGAGGUGGAGGUGGAGGUCGACGACGAUUUUGAGUCGGAUCCGAAGAAGCUGGCCGAGCUGGAGCAGGAGCUGGACCUCAUGGAGGAGAAACUGGACAAGAAGGUCGAGGAUGAGCAGAAGAACAAAGAGCUGGAGAAGGAAACUCUGAAAAGCAAGCUGGAGGAGAAGAGCGUUAAAGAAAAAGAGGAUCCAGAGAAGGAGGAAACAGGGGAUGAUGAUGCAAAGGAGGAGGGAAAGAAGGAAAGUGAGAUGGAAAAGGAUGAAGAAGAAGAAAACCAAUCCAUGUCCAAAGUGGUGAAGCAGAAAAAUGCGAAAAUUGCCAAAGCAGCUAAAGAGGAAGUCUUAAAAGAAGAAUCUCAGAAAGGAAGAAAAAAAGACAAAGAAACGGAAAACCGGAUAACGGCUGUAAAAGGGAUUUAUGAGAGCAAGCGAGACAAGACAACGGAAGAAACCGCUGCAAACAAAAAGACGGACGAAAAACAGAAAAAGGUGGAUGUCAAAGAACGGGAGGAAGUUGAGAAGAAAUCGGACGAUUCAAAACGAGAGGACCGGAGUGGAAAGAGUAAGAGCAGCAGAGAGGAGGAACAAGGGAAGAGGCAUGAGGGGAAAUCAGCGAGCAAAGCGAAGGAGGAGGAAAGUGGGAGCACGAGGAGGCACAGCAGCAGAAGCAAGCAAGACGGAGAGAGACAGAGUGAAUAUAAAACGAGAGAAACUGAUAAGGAGAGAGGAAGCAGCAGCAGCAGCAAGGACGUGGAGAGACUCGCCCGACGGGAAAGUGACAAGACGGAGAGAUCGAGGAGGCCAGAGGAGGAGCGAGGGGUGAGAGACUGGAGGGCUGAGAUGGGUAGAGAGGAGAGGAGAGAAAGCAAAGAAGGGAGGGAGAGAGGGACGAAACAAGAGGAUCCCGGAAAGAGCGACGCGAGGAGAGAGUCGCACCGAAGCCACGAGUCCGACCAUCAGAGGAGUCACCACAGGAGAGAGCACGAGGAGAACCGAGGGAGCCGGGUGGAGAGCGCGAGGAGGCAGUUUGAGAGAGCGGGGGGCGAGGGGGUGGAGCAGCAGCAGCAGCAGGAGGAGGAGGAGGAGGAGGGGAGGAAGAGGAGAGAGGAUGGAGGGAGUCGGAGGAGGGACAGAGAGAAGAGGGGAAGUGAGAGACACAGGGAGGACGAACACAGCCAACGAGGAUCCAGACCUCGAUCCGGCACUCUGCUGGACGACGGACUCUAUAUUUAGUUUUAAUGGACGAGGACAAAAAUCGACACUUUAUUUAUUGUGAACAACUCAAACGACAAAGACGACGGAAAACUCAACUUAACUUAAACUUGUUUCUCAAUAGAGGGGAUUUAGAAACUUGAGGGAUUUCACCUGGAAGACACAGAUUUCACAGAUUUCUCAGCCACCUAACGAGGAAACCGGGUUUUUAACAAAUCCAAUUCUGAAGAAAGUGAUAAAACAAAUUCAGGAUCAAUCUGAGUUCUGUUUUGUGGAAAUCUGUUCAGAACAAACAACUGGAUUGAAAACUCAACCUCCUUGAUAAUUGAUUUAACAGGAGGAACUUUCUUUCUACCACACAAAAGCUCUUAUUGAAUGUUGUUGACGUUGUACUGAUAAGUUUUACUUGGCAUCAAAUGUGUGGAUGUGGAAAGAGACGCUGCUGUUUACACUAAUACUUUGCUCCUAUAGCUGUGGAGGGAGCAGAUGAAGCAGGAAUCCCUGCGUGGCCUUUUAAAGCUGCUGCUUUUAGAAUUUAGUUUAUAUUUAGAUAGUCAAUAUAUAUUCUAAAAUGUCAGACAUUUUCAAAAAUCUUUUAAAAUAGUUCAACAUCAUCUUCCUCUUUAUUUUUUACUGCUGAUGGCUGAACCUCGAGUUGCUUUGUAUAAAACACUUUUUGCCAAAACAUCUAUAAAGAAAUGAGAUUUCUUCAAAACCUUCUGACUUGAAAUGGUGUAAAUUUACAGCUUAGAAGCUCCUAGUAUUUUGUCAAUGGCUCAUAAUGAUGAUUUACUAAUGUUGUGCAAUGGUAACACUUGACCGUGUGUCUCAGAUACACAACACAACAUGUUUCUCUAUGUUUCUGGUGUUUCAGGGUUAACGUCCAUCUCUUGCCUUUUUUCUACCCACAUACUGUGUUUGUAUGGUGUCGUCUGGUGGACCAGUGUUUUUAUUUGACUAAAAACAGUUAGUAUGAGUUCAGUCGUCAGGUACAAAAGUUAAACUCAGCAGGAAGAUGAAAUAUCGAUAAUGAUGAUCGGUGAUGAAAUCGUCUGAUCGUUGUUUGUGUUUGUGUAAAACCUGCUGUGACAGUGUUUCACUCCUGGUGCCAUGUUGCACUUUGUCCGUUUACACUACUGAGGUUUCAUAUUUUCACUGUGUGUAUUUUUAUAUGGGUACUGAACAUUACGGUGCUGGUUUCUUAUUGAAUAAAUAAAUUAUUAGUCCUUGAAA